GAAGGUGCCUCAGCUGCGGUUUGGAGGGAAGAAGAGAAGGAAAGGGGACGGAGGGCUUACCAUGGUAAUCUGCUCCCUACUGGCCUCCCUGCGUAUCUGCCUGGCACAACAUCCACCUCUGGUCUCCUUCUUCUUCUGCCUCCUUUCACUGGCUGUUGCCUUUGUUGGUUUUGCUCUCUACAUCCAGUCACAUGAUAUUCAUAAUCCUGACAUCAAAGAGAUUCAGGGAAAUGUCACAUCACCUCCAUCAACUGCUGAACCUCUUACAACUGUAUCUAUCAUGGUUGGCUUGACCUUUGAUCUCCACAAUGGCACAGAUCUUCCCAACGAUGCACAUUUAGGUCUGACCAUCAGUGGGACAAAAUUGGGUCUCCGAGGUCCAGAUGCCCAGAAAUCAAUUCAUCUCUUAGCUGUUAUCACAAAUUCAUUAUCCCGUGAGAAUUGUCUUAGGAUCACUGCACCUUCAUCCCUUCUCCCCAAGACCAGAAAGCCACCAAAAUGUGUAAUAGGGGAACAAAGCAUGACUUUGGAAAUGCCAGGGAUUUGCUAUCAAUCACGUUAUCAAACUAACCCUGCCCUAUCCAGCAUGCUAGAUCAGGCAGACCGUGCCCUUUGCAGCCAGCGCCUCUUCAUGACCAGUGCUUUUCUUCUCUGCCUCUGUGCCAUGCUCUGUUGUGCAGCUGGCCUAUAUUAUCGCCUCCCCAAAGACAAAUGGGGCCAAAUCUAAGUGGAUCAAGCCAGUGCUAUUCAUUCUACAUUCCAGAAUACUCAGGUGUCCUCCUUUCUCUAAACAGCUAUAUCAUGUAAAAUUCAUUAUUUUUGGUUGUUGUACUGCUAUUUUGGUUCACAAAAGAUAUGAUAAACAAUUUAUUAAAUA